AACAAAGCUAGCACGAGGUGAAUCGCAUCCUUCCUUCCUUUAUUUUCACUCUGAUUCUUACACUUUCUGUUUCUCUUCACUUUCUGCAAGACAAAGGACUUCCUAUGAUGUUACAAUUUAAAGUUCAUUGGCUUAUGUGCAAGUAUUUCAAACUUAGGGAGUGAAGUGCACGGGAUGCAGAGUACAUAAUGCCCUUCGUGCUUCACAAAUAAUAAUUCUAUGUAUACAAGUAUAUCCGUAAAGGGAAAGGAACAUCGAAGGGAGCGACUAGAGCAAAGACGAGGAACGGAAGAAUCGCCUCCUUCAACGCCGACAGCAAACAAAGCUAGCACGAGUUGCUAUUUGGUUGAGCAGUUCCAAAACAUCAUGUCAGGUACAGAGGAUGUCAAAGAACAAGAACAGGUAGCUGGAAAUGUUGCUGAGUCUGAGAAAUCCAUGCCAUCAGCUCAAGAGGAGGAGGCAGCUAUAAAGAAAAAAUAUGGAGGAAUCAUGCCCAAGAAACCGCCACUCAUCUCUAAGGACCAUGAGCGGGCAUACUUUGACUCUGCUGAUUGGGCACUUGGAAAGCAAGGCGUUGAGAAGCCAAAGGGACCACUCGAAGCCCUCAGGCCCAAAUUGCAGCCCACACAACAACAGACACGAUAUCGGAAGUCUCCUUAUGCUCCAUCAGAAGGCGAAGAUGGAGGGAGUGCUCAACCAGAGGAUGCGACUGCCAACGAGUGAGAACUGCCCCCCAAUUGUCUGAUGUUGUGAGGACUUUCGGUUGUUAUUUGGAUACCUAGAUAGGGGUAGAAGAUUCUAACGAAGAAAGACUUUCUGAAGUUAUAUUUAUGUGUAUUUUUUUAUGUGUAUAAAUUUGUAUAUGUACUUGCAUAUGUUUUAUAUGUAUUAUAUGUGUGAACUUGUAUUUAUGUUUUAACUUAUGUAUUUUAUUAUAAAUAUGAACUCAUGUA